UUCUUCUGUAUCUGUUUCACUUUGCUCCUUAUUAAACAAAGCCGAAGGUCCUCCUCUUCCUCUCGUCACCCUGGGUAAUCUAUUGUUCAAAAUCGGUUAAGCUGAACCCGAACUCUCAAAAUAAUCAUCAAGCAGAAACCGUCUCUUGAACAACGCAAGUUUGUGUCUCGGCCUUCGUUUCCAUUUCCGCAUUCAAUCGCCAUCUCUCAGUCGCUCAUUGGUGACUGCAAGCAGCACAAGUUGUUUACUGGUCACGCGCAACAAGCUGCCCCCUCCAUUUUAUUCUUGCUCGAUUUGGGAUACUGCAACUAAUGAGCAUCAAUCUGUUGGGGUUAAAAUUUUGAAAUUUUCAGUUUUGAGUCAAUUAGAAAAAAAAAGAGAGAUAUACAGAGUGUCUUAAAGAAGGUGAGAUAUGGCUUACAUGCAACACGCGAGGAAUGCCCUUUGCCAUAUAAUUAAACAAAAUAGUUUACACAGCUCCGACCACGUGAUGCAUCACCGGCUACUGUAUGCUUGUCAUGGAGUUCGAUACAGGAAGUUAGAGGUGAUUCUUACAACGAAUAUACAAAAGCUUGGCAAGGCUGGUGAGACAGUGAAGGUUGCUCCUGGGUAUUUCCGGAACCAUCUGAUGCCCAAAUUGCUCGCGGUCCCAAAUAUUGACAAGUUUGCUUAUCUCAUCAGAGAGCAACGCAAGAUUUACCAACCCGAGGAAGAGGAGGAGGUCAAAGUAGUUACGAAGGUUGAGGAAGAUAAGACAAAAGAAUAUGAAAAGGCGGCAAAACGUUUAGCUAAUGCUCAGCUGGUAUUGAGAAGGUUCAUCAAUGUUGAAAAAUUUCGUGCUCGCUCCAUGAAAGAUGAUCCCAUUGAACUGCAUUCGCCUGUGACUGCAGAUGAGCUUAUUUCUGAGGUAGCGAGACAGCUUUGUGUGCAGAUACAGCCUGAAAACGUUCAUCUACCAUCACCUUUGACAACUUUUGGGGAGUUUGAGGUACCCCUUAGAUUGCCCAAAUCCCUUCCUUUGCCAGAAGGAAGGCUUAACUGGACUCUUAAAGUUAAAAUCCGGGGUAAAUAAAUAGUAGGUUUCAACCUCGACAUAUAUUUCUAGCUACUGUCAUGGCAGUUUUGGUUCUUUGAUUGUUGCAGUGAGAGAAGCUGAGUGGUUGGAAUUCUUAAAUCACUUUAAAGAGUUUAUCUCAAAAAUUUAUUAGAUAAUGUGAUGAUGUAAUAAAUUUAUCAUCUGAGCAACGUAGUUUUUGUUUUAGUUGCAUCUUAAAUUAGAUAGGAGUGUCAAGUCCUGCUGAGAUAGUUCUGUGAUAUUGGAAGACAGAUGCUUCAUCAUCUAGGCGGUUGUCUGGUAUAAUGUUUGAACAUCACGUUUCAUUGAGAUUUAAGGGUUCUUUUUUUUUUC